GAACGUGUGCGCAAAGGAAGGUUCCCUGCCUGCAUUCAGACCAGACCUGUGGCCGUCAUUUUCAACCCCCUGCCAUUUAGGUAGUGGUGACCCUGGAAACGUUCCCUGGGGGCCUCAUAGUAUUUGUGAAGCUGCUGCUUGGCAAGUGACUUUCAGAGGAGGCAUUUUAAGAAGAUUAAGAGCCGCAGGCUUGCAGGGCAGCAGUGUGAUUCCUGCUGUUUUCAGGGCACCAACAGUGUUCCCCUAGAACCCGGGUCGGCAGUAGCGCCGAGACACGGCCCGGACACUAGACGCGGAUGUGACGCCCGGAAGUGCGGAUGGUGGUCUGUCUGGGUCCUCUGUUGAGCUGGCUCAUCUUGGGAUCGCCCAGUCGCUCGAUGGGGCGCGCCGGCAGCCUACAUCCCUGUGUCACCUGCCCGCCUCUCAGCAGCAAGGAACGGAGCUUCAGCACCUCUUCAGUAAUGAUGAUGAAACUGGUAUUAACUGAAUGGCAUUUAUGGAUUUUUAACUCUAAUUCACAGUAAGCCAGAAAGCCAUAUGUUCAAUCCAACCAAAAAUCAUUCUGUUUUGCUGCGUGUCUCAUCCGAUUGUGAGAAGUUUCAAGAUACCUGUUUGUACAAAGAGGAAUAUAAGUGUUACUUGCCGGAGGAGCACAGCUGAAGCAGAAAGCGAAGACGUCUUAAUUUAUCCUUAAAGAUAUAUGAUAGAAUUAUUUAUUUAGAUAGAGUAAAGAGAUAUAUAUAUAUUUUUGGUGGUGAUGAAAAUGGCUCCGCAGAAUGCCGAUGCAGAAUCUAUGCAAGUUCAGGAGCUCCCGGUGCCCCUGCCAGACCUCCAGAAGCCGGGGAGGGCAGAGGCGGAGACGCGGGACGAGACCGUCAGUGAAGGCUCCAUCGACCGCAUCCCCGUGCGCCUGUGGGUGAUGCACGGGGCCGUGAUGUUCGGCAGGGAGUUCUGUUACGCCAUGGAGACGGCGCUGGUCACGCCAGUCCUGUUACAGAUCGGCCUCCCGGAGCAGUACUACAGCCUCACCUGGUUCCUGAGCCCCAUCCUCGGCCUCAUUUUCACGCCCCUCAUCGGCUCUGCGAGCGACCGCUGCACCCUGAGCUGGGGCCGCCGGCGGCCUUUCAUCCUGGCGCUCUGCGUGGGCGUGCUCUUCGGAGUGGCACUGUUCCUCAACGGCUCUGCCAUCGGCCUGGCCCUCGGCGAUGUCCCCACCCGGCAGCCCAUCGGCAUCGUCCUCACUGUGCUGGGGGUGGUGGUCCUGGAUUUCAGCGCUGACGCCACAGAGGGGCCCAUCCGUGCGUACCUGCUGGACGUGGUAGACAGCGAGGAGCAGGAUAUGGCCCUCAACAUCCACGCCUUCUCUGCUGGCCUCGGCGGGGCCAUAGGCUACGUGCUGGGCGGGCUGGACUGGACCCAGACCUUCCUGGGCUCCUGGUUCCGGACGCAGAACCAGGUGCUCUUCUUCUUCGCGGCCAUCAUCUUCACGGUGUCCGUGGCCCUGCACCUGUCCAGCAUCGAGGAGGAGCAGUACAGCCCCCAGCAGGAGCGUGGCGGGGACCCAGCCGGCACGCCAGCCCCUGGCCCCCAUGCCUGCGUGCUGGACGGCGGCGUUCUGUUCCCGGACGAGGUGCAGUCGGAGCAUGAGCUGGCCCUGGACUUCCUGGAUGAGGGCCUGGUGCGCAGCAAGAGCGAUUCAGUGCUGCACGUGCCUGAGGCUGCCCUGGGCCUGGAGCCCGAGCUCUUCCUGCAGGACAUCGAGCCCUCCAUCUUCCACGAUGCCUCCUGCCCCGGCACCCCCCGCAGCACCAGCCAGGAGCACGCCGCCGCCCGGCCACCCCGCCGGCCCCUGCCACUCCGUGCACCUGCCGGCGAGGAUGAGACCCUGCUGGAGGAGUCCCUGAGCGCGGCCAGGCUCCCGAACGGGGGUAGCGCGGGGCUGCGGGACGGCCUGGGCACCUGCACCUACAGCCGGGCCACCCUGAAGGCCCCCGCCACAGCAGGCCCCGCCCGCCGGCGCCGGCAUGUGUUCCGCCGGCAGGCCUCCAGCACCUUCUCCUACUACGGCAAAAUCGGCUCCCACCGCUACCGCCACCGGCGCGCCAACGCCGUGGUGCUCAUCAAGCCCUCACGCAGCAUGAGUGACCUCUACGACCUGCAGGCGCGGCCCCGGCAGCACCGCCGCCGCCACCAGAGCGGGGCCACCACGUCCAGCGGGGACUCAGAGAGCGAGGAGGGCGAGGGCGAGACCACCGUGCGGCUGCUCUGGCUGUCCAUGCUGAAGAUGCCCCCCGAGCUGGUGCGUCUCUGCCUCUGCCACCUGCUCACCUGGUUCUCCGUCAUCGCUGAGGCCGUGUUCUACACUGACUUCAUGGGCCAGGUCAUCUUCGAGGGGGACCCCAAGGCUCCAUCCAACUCAACGGCAUGGCAGGCCUACAGCGCGGGCGUGAAGAUGGGCUGCUGGGGCCUGGUCAUCUACGCAGCCACCGGUGCCACCUGCUCAGCCCUGCUACAGAAGUACCUGGACAGCUACGACCUGAGCAUCAGGGUCGUCUACGUGCUGGGCACGCUGGGCUUCUCCCUGGGCACGGCUGUGAUGGCCAUGUUCGCCAACGUCUACGUGGCCAUGAUCAUGAUCAGCACCAUGGGCGUCGUCUCCAUGAGCAUCUCCUACUGCCCCUAUGCCCUGCUCGGGCAGUACCACGACAUCAGAGAGUACGUGCAUCACAGCCCCGGGACCUCCAAGCGUGGCUUCGGCAUCGACUGCGCCAUCCUGUCCUGCCAGGUCUACAUCUCCCAGAUUCUGGUGGCCUCCGCCCUGGGCAGCGUGGUUGACGCGGUGGGGACCGUGCGUGUCAUCCCCAUGGUGGCCUCCGUGGGCUCUUUCCUGGGCUUCCUGACAGCCGCCUUCCUGGUCAUCUACCCAGAGGUGUCCGAAGAGGCCAAGGAAGAGCAGAAGGGCCUGUCUUCCCAGCCGCUGGGCGAAGGCGCGAGCGGCAGUGCUGAGAAGCCCACGGUGCUGAAGCUGUCCCGGAAGGAGGCCCCGCAGGGGCUCGUCGAGACCGAGUCGAUGGUCUGAGCCGCGCUGCACACACAUUCCAGGGCAGCGGGGAGGCGGGGGUGGCGCCCGGCAGGCCAGCUGCCAUGGCCUUGGCGGCCGUGCGCACCAGAGCCCUUCACCGACCCUGGUGGAGGCUCAGUAGCUGUAGGGUAGGUUUGCGCCAGUAGGUGAAAACACCUCAUUAAUUACUUUUUCCACAAUUAAAAAGAAUCAUUUUUUUUUAAUCGAAAAAAGAUCUUUUAAUUUCAACUCUCUCUUUUGUUCUGCAGGUAUAUUAUUCUGCACGUUUUAAAAUGAUAAACCAAAUUUACCAUAUAGAGAAGUGAUUUAGAAAAAACAAGAUUUUUGCAUUUCUAAAGUUAUAAUUGAAAGCAAAAAAGUAUCUGAUGUAUUUUGCUAUAUCUUAUCUGAAUUCUUCAGAUAACGGUUGUGUAGUCAGUGACUAAAACACUUUUUAUCACAUUUUCCCCUGUGGAUGCCUACAGGUAUUUGGACGUUCUGUCAGAUCUCGUCACAUUUUGUUGGUGCUGCAUCUAUUGGAGAGUAUUUUUCUCUAUGAUUCUUUUAGAAAAAAAAAAUUUUGUCUUUAUUUUCCAAAACUGUGGUUUUCUUGAAGAACACAUCUCCUGCUUUCCUGUUUGACACGUUGUACCUGGGCGCGGGCCGCAGUAGCUGCGAGACCAAAGCUGGGAGGAGGCUGGGCCCCCGGGACACCGGUGGGGAGGCCCGCCGGGCCGGGCCGGACCGCCCGCCGGGGCAGCCCUGGAGCUGGCAGAGCUGUCCCCGCACCCUGCCCAUCGUCUGGUCCGAAGCUCCGGGAGCCGCUGUGACUCUUUCAUUGCACUUUGUCUUUGAACCGUCUGUGGGGGGACCAUGGGGGCAGGGCUCCCGGCGGGGCACUGCCACCCGCGCCCGCCGCCAGGCCCACACACCAGACACUCCGCGCCCGUCUGACCUCUGCGCCUGCUCACCGCAGCCGGCCGCCGGAGUCAGGACCGCCCCGCCGUGAAGAAAGCGGGUCUCGGCCGGGGACGGUCCGCCCCACAGGUUGGCUCAGCGCGGCGUUUCCGGUUUCAGCGCAGAACCAAACUUGCACCCCGGGGAAGCACGGUCUUCACAUGCUGCAGCUGUUUGGAAAUGCUUUUCAAACCACAAUCUCUAAGUAAGCAGUUUCUGCUUUUCUUCUUUGGGACGGUCAGUCUAAGUCCGCUGAUCUCAGGAGAAAGAGGGAGGCCUCCCACACAUCGCCCAGAUAAAGUGAGAGGACUGUAACUCUUCGCUGCCUCAAGUCGAUAUGUUUUUAAAUAAAGUACUUUAAAACGCA